CUUCCAUGUGUCUACAGCACCCACCGUGACUCUCCCUCCACCUCAUCGCUGGCUGUCAGUCCCUGACGUCCACCUCCACAGUCCUCACGUGUCCUUGUGGCCAGGCUGACCCAGUCACGGUCCAGUAACUAGGAUACACAUAUCACUGACCAGUGGGACGACAAUGUCCGUGCUCAGUGACCGCUUGGACUUGAUGUACGGACUUUAAUAGCGGAACGUUUGUGUACCCAGCAUCAUGAGAUCUGUGCUGGAUCAUCUGUGCGCUUUAUUGGUGAUCGGGGUCGGGUAUUCAGCUUCACAUUACCUGUAUAUGGACACCAUCUGUGGCAAGAGUCUACAUCUGAAGAACUACGCAAGUGGACUGGAUCUUAACCUCACGAAGUCCGAUGCUUACGCUGCUGAACUCAACUGUAGCUUGAAACUGAUCGCCCAAACGCAACAUCGUGUCAUCGUCAGAUUUAUCUCCCUCAACAUCGCCAGCUUUGUGUCGUGCCCCGAAGACUUCUUGACAAUAUCCGAAUGUGCCCCUGGAGACAAUUGUUCAGAGAGCAGGCGGUACUGCGGUGUUGAGGCACCGGGAGAAGCUUACACAUCCUCCUCCAGCGUUGUCAUCCUUCGCUUCAUCAGUAGCGCCAAGUUCCACGGCAGAGGCUUCCAGCUGUACGUGACCACGUUCCAUGAAGGCCCAUGUUCGGAUGGAGAGACCCUGUGUCUCAAUGGACGAUGUGUCUCUGACGCUGUCCGCUGCACCAAGGGAGAUAACUGUGAAGAUGGUUCCGGUCAGUGUGACGUCACGUUGACUCCACCUGUGAUCGUCGGGUUUGUGGUCGGAGGGGUCAUAAUCCUCAUCACAUUCGCCCUGGCGUUCCUGAUCCUGUGGUAUUUCAGAAAAUACCGCCUGGAUGAUGUGCGAUACACGCAGAAUCAGCCUCGAUAUACACAAAGGGGCCAUAUAACACCGCCACAUCUGCCUCGUGCUGCACGGGCUCCAUUCAGACAAUCGUUUUCCCAUAUUCAGACUGUGACGUCACCACCGCCAUACAUGGACAUUCGCACAUCGUCAUGAACGUCACUGAUGAACAAUGUGAUAACACUGGGCAGUAUGCAGUGUAAACUAAUGAUCAGCUGCCCAGUGGUUUUACUGUUUUUGAUGUAUAUAUCUUGUUAUAAAGUAUUUGUACCUA